GUGAUUGGUCGGGGGGAGCAGGGCGGGACGGCCGAGGGGCGGUUCCCGGGCCGAGGCCGCAGGUUAAUGCAGGCCAGGGUUCCGACGCGGGCUGCUUCUGUUGGCAGUUGUUCCGGUGCUUUCUUCCCGGGACGAGUCCACAGCUUUGUGUGUGAGCAACAUGGAGACUGAUCUGUCUGGCUUUAACAUCGAUGCCCCCCGUUGGGACCAGUGCACUUUCCUGGGACGGGUGAAACACUUCUUCAAUAUCACAGACCCACGCACUGUCCUGGUACCAGAGCGGGAGCUGGACUGGGCCAAAGUGAUGGUGGAGAAGAGCAGAAUGGGGGUCGUGCCACCAGGCACCCAAGUGGAGCAGCUGCUGUAUGCCAAGAAGCUGUAUGACUCAGCCUUCCACCCUGACACUGGGGAGAAGAUGAACGUCAUUGGGCGGAUGUCCUUCCAGGUCCCUGGCGGCAUGAUCAUCACGGGCUUCAUGCUCCAGUUUUACAGGACGAUGCCGGCGGUGAUCUUCUGGCAAUGGGUGAACCAGUCCUUCAAUGCCUUAGUCAACUACACCAACAGGAAUGCAGCUUCCCCCACGUCCGGCAGGCAGAUGGCCCUUUCCUACAUCACAGCCACAACCACUGCGGUGGCCACUGCUGUGGGCAUGAACAUGUUGACAAAGAGAGCUCCACCCCUGGUGGGCCGCUGGGUACCCUUUGCUGCUGUGGCUGCUGCUAACUGUGUCAACAUCCCAAUGAUGCGACAGCAGGAACUCAUCCAGGGCAUCUGCGUGAAGGACAGGAAUAACAAUGAGAUUGGACAUUCCCGGAGAGCUGCAGCCAUAGGCAUCACCCAAGUGGUUAUUUCUCGGAUCACCAUGGCAGCCCCUGGCAUGAUCUUGCUGCCAGUCAUCAUGGAAAGGCUGGAGAAGCUGCAUUUCAUGAAGAAAGUCAAGGUCCUGCAUGCCCCAUUGCAAGUUCUACUGUCUGGGUGCUUCCUCAUCUUUAUGGUGCCAGUGGCAUGUGGGCUCUUCCCACAGAAAUGUGAAUUGUCAGUUUCUUAUCUGGAAUCAGAACUCCAAGACACUAUCAAGGCCAAGUAUGGAGAACUUAUGCCUUAUAUCUACUUCAAUAAGGGCCUCUAAAUGCCCUGUCCCAGCAAGGACCAGUCUGCACCCAUACUCACCAGCCUUUCCUUAGCUGCCUUGUACACCUGUGCCCUCAUUCCUCUGCCAAAGGGGCCUGAAAGUUAGGGUGCAUUUGGGGGGUGGGGAGCCUCAUGUUUUCAUCCAGGCACCUGGGUUAUUGGACUCCAGGGGAUAGAAGUGAACAACGGGAGCAAAGGCCAAGUCUUCUUUCUGCUACCCCCUUAACCACCAUCCCCUGGAGACCAGGAGUUGAGACAUCCUGGGGAGAAGUUGCUAGAACCUGGGGGGAGAUACUCAAGCAAACCAUAUGAAAAAAUUAGGAAACCUUUGGGAUUCUAGUUCCAGCCAGGACGGGGGAAGAGCCCCUGGGACUAAGGAAAGCUCCUACCUCUGUUUCUUCUUCCCUUCUUCCUCAUCUGUGUCACAAUACAGAAUGUUUGCCCCUGUAAUUCUAGCUAACCCAGGAAGGGAGAGGGAAGAAGUCUUUGUCCCCUUGGGGCUCUUCUCCAUUCUUCCCCCUUCUUGUCCCCAGUGCCCCCUUGUCAGAAGGUGUCUUUGGGAGUGCUGCUAGGCUUGGGUUGAUCAGGCAUCUGGGAGUUCUUAGUGCUUAAAAAAAAGGCCAUCACAUGAGGCUACAAAGUUUCAUGGUGCUCUGAGCCUGUAACACUGAAUCUGUUCUGUGCCAAAAUCCUGUCCAAUUUUACGUCUCUGUGUUUAAAAGAUAAGUCCACUAACUAUAAGUAAGACAGAUUGAAUGGAGGUAUUAAUUACACAUUUUAGUGGGUAUAUUUUCCUAGCUGCCUCUCUUCCUCAGCCCAUUGGGCUAAACACUAAAGACUGGUGUGUAUUGAAUAGGAAAGUUUUAUUUGGAUAUCUCUGAGAAGUAAUCAACCAGGACCAAAGAGCCUGGAAGGACACACAGCAAAGUGCAGCCAUUUAUCCUUUUCCCUCUCAGCUGCUCUAGGUGAUUUUUCAGGCUCAGGAGGUUGGGGUGGGGGUGGAAGGGGACCACUGUGGCUUACCUGGGAUCAAUCUCUGUAUUUUUUUUUUCAUUUUUUUUUUCAAUCUCUGUAUUGAGUUCUAAUAGAAUUUACUGACCAUUCAAAGGAUAUCACUGUGAAUCAAAUAAAUUUCUUGAAAGAGCACAAGGAACUGUCUGCAGACUGAGUUAAUAAAGCCGGAA